AGAGUGUACUCACUUCGUCGCCAGCCGCGCUCUCACUCGUUCGCACAUCUUGAUCGGAUCCACACGUGUGCUAAUCUCGCGUCUUUUGGCGAUUGUUCGUAGUGUCGUUUUAUCGGAAUGACAUAUAUAUGUCUGUGAUGCCAACGAGAAGAAUAAGUAGACCUCAGUGAAAGAUUCGACGAGACCUCUAAACGACCCCACACAAUGGACUUUUCAUCAGCGAGAUCGUCGAGAUCGAAGCUUCAGGCCUUUGUGCUUUUUUGUAUCCUGGCUAUUUGUGGGUUACUAGCAGACAGGCAUACACUGCUGAAUUCUUCCGAGUCAUCGUUAUUUGACCACGCGGAACCGACGUCAGUGACUUCACUCUUUUCUGGUAAGAACGCAAGUCAGAGAAUUGAAGAAUGUGAUGUAAAACCACUACGUAAUAUUUCAUAUUUCUUCGGAUAUUUUCAACAGGAUCUUUAUCCCUGUGAAAAUAAGGAGAACGUGGGCGGCGCCGAUGUGAAGCUCCUCCUCGGCCUCAUCAAAUUUCGCGACGGGGACAAGUGGGUGUGCACUGACGAAGGUGUGGGUCCUCCUUCACGCGGCUGCCUCGUUUACUCCUUCGGGAUAAACUACGAGUGGUCCUUUGAUGAUGCCAUGGCCGAGAGAGGGUGCAAGGUGUACACGCUCGAUCCAACGGAAGAUUCGAGAUCAUCAGGCUCAGAAAAGGAUGUUCGAGGAGGGCAUCAGGCACUUCACAGGGGAACAGGUCAUCGGGAAGAUUAA